AUGCAAGGCCCAGCAGUUUUCAUGGACAUAUCGCUUGAAGACCAAGCACAAGAACUUAGAAAGUAUUUUAAAAGCCUGGGAGCAGAAAUUUCAGAGGAAAAAUCACCAAAGGGAGUUGAAGAUGAUUUACAUAAAAUAGUUGGUGUGUGUGAUGUAUGUUUUAAAGAAACUAAUGAAGCCGACAUUGAAGCCAUACUCAACAGUAUUGUGUCAAUAAUGGUUUCAAUACCUUUGGAAAGAGGUGAAAAUCUUAUAGUGGCAUUUAGUCAGAGACUUGCAAAAGCUCCAGGACCUAAGCUUGGAUUGGUAGCAUUGCAAUCCUUUUGGCGGCUGUAUAACAAUUUGGAGCCCAAUUCACCCCUGAGAUACCAUGUGUAUUAUCAUGUAAUAGAGCUAGCUGCUCGUGUGGGUGCAGUAAAAAAUGUGUUCACUGGAGUGGAACAACUAAGAAAAGAGUUUGCCAGCUGUCCUCCUUCUAAUGAGCAGAUGCAGAAAUUAUAUAGAUUAUUACAUCAAGUAUUAAAGGAUCAAAACAGUGAGCUAGCUUCAAAGGUGAUGAUAGAACUGCUUGGCACAUACACAGAUGAAAAUGCUUCAUAUGCCAGAGAAGAUGCCAUCAAGUGUAUAGUAACUGCACUUGCUGAUCCUAACACUUUCUUGUUGGAUCCAUUGCUGUCAUUAAAGCCAGUGCGUUUCCUUGAAGGGGAACUUAUAUAUGAUCUACUUACAAUCUUUGUUUCUGAAAAACUCUCAAGUUAUCAAACUUUUUAUGACAAUCACAAGGAAUUUGUACAGUCUCAAGGCCUUAACCAUGAACAAAAUGUAAAGAAAAUGAGAAUAUUGUCCUUUAUGCAGAUGGCUGAAUCUAAUCCAGAGAUAACAUUUGAUGAAAUGCUCUCAGAACUGCAAAUUGAAGAAAAGAAUGUAGAAGCCUUCAUCAUUGAAGUGUUAAAGACACGCCUUGUUCGUGCGCGAAUGGAUCAAGCCCAGAGAACGGUCCGUGUAACGAGCACAAUGCACCGAACCUUCGGCCGCGCGCAAUGGCAGCAACUCCGUUCAGUGUUGCUCGCUUGGCGCGCCAAUGUAAACCAAGUACACGAGUCCAUGAAAUCUGUUGCGGCUGCACAGUUAGAAUACAACGCGCAACAACAGAAAGCCUAA